GUGCUGUUGUUGAUUUUUUGGUAAAAUGCAUUCCAAGGUAGUAUUUUUUUAUAGUAUGAUAAGAAAUGGUAUGCAGGAAAGUUAGGAAAUAUGUAAGUGCUUGGUAAAGCACUUAGUUGUUUGUAGUAGAUAAAUGGGUCCUAUUGUGUUUUAAGAAAAAGAAGCUUUCAAAGGGAAGUUCUGAAAGGCUUUUCAUAAUUAAGUUGUUAAAAACACAGGAUACAGGCACCCAUAUUGGAUUAUGUGCAUUUGAGUCCUGUUCUGGAUCCCAGCUUCUUACUAAUGCAUACCUGGGGAGGCAGCAGGUAUGAUGACUCAUGGAGCUGAGUUCUUGCCACCCACAUGGGAGGCCUGGAUUGGGUUUCUGGCUUCCAGCCAUUUGAGUGAACAAGUGGUUGGGAGGUGUCUGUCUCCUUCCCUGUCAAAUGAAAUAAAUUAAUUAAAAAAGAAAUUACUUACUAUUUGCCAUUUAAAAAAUAUCUGACUCUAUCUUUAAUAUCUUUAAUCUUUUUUUUUUCAAAUCUGUUUUCUAGGUUCUGUGGCAAUUGGAUAUAUUCCGACGAAGUUUACGAGUUCUGACUGGUCAUGUUUGUCAAGGAGAUGCCUGUAUAUUUUGUGCUUUGAAGACAAUAUUUGCACAGUUUCAGCACAGCCGAGAAAAGGCACUUCCAUCAGAUAACAUAAGGCAUGCUCUGGCAGAAAGCUUCAAAGAUGAGCAGCGAUUUCAGCUUGGCCUAAUGGAUGAUGCUGCAGAGUGCUUUGAAAAUAUAUUGGAGAGAAUUCAUUUUCACAUAGUGCCAAGCAGAGAUGCAGACAUGUGUACCUCUAAAUCUUGUAUCACCCACCAGAAGUUUGCCAUGACUCUGUAUGAACAGUGUGUGUGUCGUAGCUGUGGAGCAUCAUCUGACCCUCUACCUUUUACAGAAUUUGUGCGGUACAUUUCUACAACAGCCCUAUGCAAUGAAGUUGAAAGAAUGAUGGAAAGGCACGAGCGUUUUAAACCUGAAAUGUUUGCAGAACUGCUACAAGCAGCAAAUACGACAGAUGACUAUAGGAAAUGCCCUAGUAACUGUGGCCAAAAAAUAAAAAUUCGUCGUGUUUUAAUGAAUUGUCCAGAGAUUGUUACAAUUGGUUUAGUCUGGGAUUCUGAGCAUUCUGACUUGACCGAAGAUGUUGUUCGGAAUCUAGCAACACAUCUCUAUCUUCCUGGGCUUUUUUAUAGGGUUACAGAUGAAAAUGCCAAAAACAGUGAACUUCACCUUGUUGGUAUGAUCUGCUACACCAGCCGACAUUAUUGUGCCUUUGCUUUUCAUACCAAGAGUUCCAAAUGGGUAUUUUUUGAUGAUGCCAAUGUGAAAGAGGUUGGAGCUAGAUGGAAAGAUGUGGUCUCCAAGUGUAUUCGUUGCCACUUCCAGCCACUGCUUUUGUUUUAUGCAAACCCAGAUGGCACAGCGGUUUCCACUGAAGAUGCACUUAGGCAGGUGGUCAGCUGGUCACAUUACAAAUCCGGUGCAGAAAAUAUCGGAUGUGAAAAGCCCACAAUUUAUAAGUCAGAUAAUUCGAAAGAAAAUGGAGUUGGCGACCAGGCCAAACAGAGAGAAAACCAGAAAUUUCAAACUGAUAAUAUGUCAUCAUUUAAUCGGAGCCACAUUCAGACAAGUGGAGGGAGAGGGCCAGUUAAGUUCACUCACAAUGAUCAAAGGGAAAAGAUAAGAGACAUUUCCAGAGAAUGUGCACUGAAAGCCAUUGAACAGAAAAAUUCACUUUCUCCACAAAGGAGAGAUUUAGAGAAAGGACAAAGAAAAGAUUUAGGCCGGCAUAAAGAUUUGGUUGAUGAAGACCUGUCACAUUUCAAAUCUGGAUCACCUCCUGCUCCAAAUGGCUUUAGACAAUAUGGAAAUCCACAUCUGUAUCAUAGUCAAGGAAAAGGACCGUGUAAACAUGACCGAGUUACCCAUCAUGGUCGAGCUGCGCAAGUAAUAAGUUCAAGUAAAUCCCAGAUUCUUGCUCCAGGAGAGAAAGUGACUGGCAAAGUCAAGGCUGACAGUGGCACUGGAUAUGAUACAGACAGCAGCCAGGAUUCGAGGGAUAAAGGAAGCAGCUGUAAUAGCAGCAGUAAAAACCGGAACCGAGGUUGGAAACCUAUGAGAGAAACAUUAAAUGUUGACAGUGUUUUUAGUGAAAGUGAAAAAAGGCAGCACAGUCCAAGACAUAAAUCAAAUAUCAGUAACAAAGUUAAAUGUAGCAAAGACCAGAAUUUUAGUAAUUGGCCAAAAGAGAAUCCGAAACAGAAAGGUUUAAUGACCAUUUAUGAAGAUGAAAUGAAGCAGGAAAUAGGAAGCAGAAGUUCCCUGGACUCUAAUGGAAAAGGAAUGGAGAAAAAUAGAGGCUUUGUAGAGAGUAAAAUUCAUGGUGACAAUUGGCAGAUACAAAGGACGGAGUCUGGAUACGAAAGCAGUGAUCACAUCAGUAAUGGAUCUACUAAUUUGGACUCACCUGUUAUUGAUGGACAUGGUACUAUAAUGGAGAACAGUGGUGUUAAAGAAAUAGUAUCCUUAAG